AUGUCAAAUGAAAAAAAUUUAACGGUUUUUUGUAAGAAAAAAUUAUUAAGACACGUACCGAUAUUAAAAUGGAUUGGAAAAUAUAAAAAAUCAGAUUUUGUCGCGGAUACCGUCGCUGGAAUAACUUUAGGUUUGAUGCUUAUACCUCAAAGUAUUGCUUAUGCCGUUUUGGCUGGAGUUUCUCCAGAGUACGGUUUGUAUUCAUCGUUCAUGGGAGGUUUUAUUUAUUUUGUUUUUGGUACCGUUAAAGAAGUUUCCGUUGGUCCCACGUCAUUAAUUUCUUUGCUCACGUUUGAAUUUACUUCUCACAUGCCGUUGGAAAUUGUUUUUUUAUUUACAUUUUUAUGCGGUUUUAUCGAAUUUUUAUGCGGAUUAUUACAUUUAGGAUUUUUAGUUAAUUUCAUACCGAUGCCGGUUACGACGAGUUUUCAAUCUGCCACGUCUAUUAUCAUUAUCGCAUCGCAAUUGAAAUAUUUUUUCGGUUUGAAUAAUAUCAAAUCGGGAAGAUUUUUAAACACGAUUUAUAACGUUUUUUAUAAAAUACCUGAAACUAAUUUGAGUGACGUCAUAUUAAGCAUUUUCUGUUGUGGUUUUUUACUAUCGUUAAGGCAAAUAAACGAAUUGAAAAUAAUGAAAAAAAAUAAAGAAUUGAAUCAAAAUGAAAAAAUAUUAAAAAAAGUGUUAUGGUUGAUUUCGAUAAGUAGAAAUGCAUUUUGCGUUUUGAUUUGUGGCCUUUUCACUUAUGCUUUUAUAAAUAUUGGACAAAAAGAACCACCUUUUGGUAUAACAGGAAAUAUACCAUCAGGCCUACCAACAUUUCAAUUUCCACAUUUUUCAACACAAGUAAAUAAUAAAACUUUAUCAUUUGUUGAAAUAUUUUAUGAAAUAUCACCAGGUUUAACGGUUGUACCAUUGAUAUCAAUUUUAGCCAACAUAACAAUUGCUAAAGCAUUCAGUGGAACUUCUUCUGUUGAUGCCACACAAGAAAUGUUAACACUUGGUAUUUGUAACAUGAUGGGUGCCUGUGUUGGUGCAGUACCAUCAUGUGGUGCUUUUACCAGAAGUGCUGUAUCAAAUUCGAGCGGUGUAAGAACACCACUAUCAGGAUUAUUUACCGGUACCAUAUUAUUAUUCGUCAUAAAAUUUUUAACACCUUAUUUUUAUUACAUACCAAAAGCAAGUUUGGGUUCUGUUUUAAUAUGUGCCGUCAUUUUUAUGAUUGAUGUUAAAACAAUGUUUUUACUAUGGAAAUCAAACAAAAGAGAUUUCCUUUGUGCCAUGAUAACUUUUUUCAUGUGUUUAUUUGUCGGAGUUCAAAUCGGACUCGCUGUCGGAAUUGGUUUAUCCAUGUCUUAUUUAUUAUAUUUAUGGACGAAUCCGAAUAUUCAAAUAGAAAUCAAAACGACUAACGAAUGUUGUAAUUAUUAUUUGGUCACACCCGACAUUGGAUUAUUUUAUCCUGCCAGUGACGUCAUACAAAAAAAAAUCAACGAUAAAUGUACCAUUGAUGACGUUCCAGUCGUUAUCGAUUGUUUACAUUUAAAAGGUAUCGAUUAUACAAGCGCACAGGGCAUUAAAGAUUUGAUUAAGAAUUUUCAAAAAAAUUGUAAAAAACUUGCUUUUGUUAACGUUAAUAAAAAUAUAUAUACGACUUUGAAAAAUUUAAACGUUGAAAUGACCGUUAAAAAAUGUUUUCGCGACCAUUACGAAAACGGAGAAUUAUUCCUUCAUUUAAAUCGUGACGAUUAUACGAAUCCAUUAAUUUUAUUAAAAACCGUUAAAGAUUUUAAUAAUAUUGAUGAUUUAAAUAAAUUACCGGAGGAAAAAGUAUUACUGCCGAACAAAGAGUAA